CUGCCAGACCGAGCGGGCAGCAUCAGCACAUUGGACUCUCUGGACUUCGCCCGUUACUCUGAUGACGGGAACCGGGAGUCGGACGAGAGGGUGGCAGGUAAGACAAGAUGUACCUGUCCUGUCCUGACAGGGCAGAGAUCGAGAGACGGACAUGAAGAAGGCGAGAUACAGUUGACAUACACCUUAGCCUAAUACAUUUAAACUCAGUUUUUCACAAUUCCUGACAUUUAAUCCUAGUAAAAAUUCCCUGUUUUAGGUCAGUUAGGAUCACCACUUUAUUUUAAGAAUGUGAAAUGUCAGAAUAAUAGUAGAGAGAAUUAUUUAUUUCAGCUUGUAUUUCUUUCAUCACAUUCCCAGUGGGUCAGAAGUUUACAUACACUCAAUUAGUAUUUGGUAGCAUUGCCUUUAAAUUGUUUAACUUGGGUCAAACGUUUCGGGUUGCCUUCAACAAGCUUCCCACAAUAAGUUGGGUGAAUUUUGGCCCAUUCCUCCUGACAGAGCUGGUGUAACUGAAUCAGGUUUGUAGGCCUCCUUGCUUGCACACGCUUUUUCAGUUCUGCCCACAAAUGUUCUAUAGGAUUGAGGUCAGGGGUUUGUAAUGGCCACUCCAAUACCUUGACUUUGUUGUCCUUAAGCUAUGCUUGGGGUCAUUGUCCAUUUGGAAGACCCAUUUGCGACCAAGCUUUAACUUCCUGACAGAUGUCUACAGAUGUUGCUUCAAUAUAUCCACAUAAUUUUCCUUCCUCAUGAUGCCAGCUAUUUUGUGAAGUCCAUGUAAUUGUAAAUGUAAUUGAGACAGUGUUAUUUUCUCUCGCAGGACCUGUCAAUGUCACUGGUUGUAAAAUUCACACUUUAUCUCACGACCCCCACCAGCUAAUCUUCACUGAAUACGUUAAAGAUCAGAGGAUGAACUGAAUACGUAAAAAAUCAGAGGAUGAACUGAAUACGUUAAAAAUCAGAGGAUGAACUGAAUACGUUAAAGAUCAGAGGAUGAACUGAAUACGUUAAAGAUCAGAGGAUGAACUGAAUAUAUUAAAAAUCAGAGGAUGAACUGAAUACGUUAAAGAUCAGAGGAUUAACUGAAUACGUAAAAAAUCAGAGAGGAUGAACAGACUAGUAGAGGGAGCAAGGUGUCCGUCCAGGAGGGGCUAUAUUACACAGACCUCUGUGUAACGGUGUAGGCCGAUAUAGCCUAGCCUAGCAUUUGUUCUCCUCAUUUAGCCAGAAAAGAUAUGAUGGCUAGAGACCAGUACUGUGAAUAAGAUGCAAAGUACUAAUAUUUUUUUUUUUCUUCAGAAUUUGAUCUGUCUAAUCGUUUUUAUGUGGCUGAUAACCAUCAGCUCCACAUACAGUUGAAGUCGGAAGUUUACAUACACUUAGGUUGGAGUCAUUAAAACUCGUUUUUCAACCACUCCACAAAUUUCUUGUUAACAAACUAUAAUUUUGGCAAGUCGGUUAGGACAUCUACUUUGUGCAUGACAGAAGUAAUUUUUCAAACAAUUGUUUACAGACAGAUUAUUUCACUUAUAAUUCACUGUAUCACAAUUUCAGUGGGUCAGAAGUUUACAUACACUAAGUUGACUGUGCCUUUAAACAGCUUGGAAAAUUCCAGAAAAUGAUGUCAUGGCUUUAGAAGCUUCUGCUAGGCUAAUUGACAUCAUUUGAGUAAAUUGGAGGUGUACCUGUGGAUGUAUUUCAAGGCCUACCUUCAAACUCAGUGCCUCUUUGCUUGACAUCAUGGGAAAAUCUAAAGAAAUCAGCCAAGACCUCAGAAAAUAAAUUGUAGACCUCCGCAAGUCUGGUUCAUCCUUGGGAGCAAUUUCCAAACGCCUGAAGGUACCAUGUUCAUCUGUAUAAACAAUAGUACGAAAGUAUAAACACCAUGGGACCACGCAGCCGUCAUACCGCUCAGGAAGGAGACACGUUCUAUCUCCUAGAGAUGAACAUACUUUGGUGCGAAAAGUGCAAAUCAAUUCCAGAACAACAACAAAGGACCUUGUGAAGAUGCUGGAGGAAACAGGUACAAAAGUAUCUACAGUGGGGAGAACAAGUAUUUGAUACACUGCCGAUUUUGCAGGUUUUCGUACUUACAAAGCAUGUAGAGGUCUAUAAUUUUUAUCAUAGGUACACUUCAACUGUGAGAGACGGAAUCUAAAACAAAAAUCCAGAAAAUCACAUUGUAUGAUUUUAGGUAAUUAAUUUGCAUUUUAUUGCAUGACAUAAGUAUUUGAUCACCUACCAACCAGUAAGAAUUCCGGCUCUCACAGACCUGUUCGUUUUUCUUUAAGAAGCCCUCCUGUUCUCCACUCAUUACUUGUAUUAACUGCACCUGUUUGAACUCUUUACCUGUAUAAAAGACACCUGUCCACACACUCAAUCAAACAGACUCCAACCUCUCCACAAUGGCCAAGACCAGAGAGCUGUGUAAAGACAUUAGGGAAAAAUUGUAGACCUGCACAAGGCUGGGAUGGGCUACAGGACAAUAGGCAAGCAGCUUAGUGAGAAGGCAACAACUGUUGGCGCAAUUAUUAGAAAAUGGAAGAAGUUCAAGAUGACGGUCAAUCACCCUCGGUCUGGGGCUCCAUGCAAGAUCUCACCUCGUGGGGCAUCACUGAUCAUGAGGAAGGUGAUGGAUCAGCCCAGAACUACACAGCAGGACCUGGUCAAUGACCUGAAGAGAGCUGGGACCACAGUCUCAAAGAAAACCAUUAGUAACACACUACGCCGUCAUGGAUUAAAAUCCUGCAGUGCACGCAAGGUCCCCCUGCUCAAGCCAGCGCAUGUCCAGGCCCGUCUGAAGUUUGCCAAUGACCAUCUGGAUGAUCCAGAGGAAGAAUGGGAGAAGGUCAUGUGGUCUGAUGAGACAAAAAUAGAGCUUUUUGGUCUAAACUCCACUCGCCGUGUUUGGAGGAAGAAGAAGGAUGAGUACAACCCCAAGAACACCAUCCCAACCGUGAAGCAUGGAGGUGGAAACAUCAUUCUUUGGGGAUGCUUUCCUGCAAAGGGGACAGGACGACUGCACCGUAUUGAGGGGAGGAUGGAUGUGGCCAUGUAUCGCGAGAUCUUGGUCAACAACCUCUUUCCUUCAGUAAGAGCAUUGAAGAUGGGUCGUGGCUGGGUCUUCCAGGAUGACAACGACCCGAAACACACAGCCAGGGCAACUAAGGAGUGGCUCCGUAAGAAGCAUCUCAAGGUCCUGGAGUGGCCUAGCCAGUCUCCAGACCUGAACCCAAUAGAAAAUAUUUUGAGGGAGCUGAAAGUUCAUAUUGCCCAGCGACAGCCCCGAAACCUGAAGGAUCUGGAGAAGGUCUGUAUGUAGUGGGCCAAAAUCCCUGCUGCAGUGUGUGCAAACCUGGUCAAGACCUACAGGAAACGUAUGAUCUCUGUAAUUGCAAACAAAGGUUUCUGUACCAAAUAUUAAGUUCUGCUUUUCUGAUGUAUCAAAUACUUAUGUCAUGCAAUAAAAUGCAAAUUAAUUACUUAAAAAUCAUACAAUGUGAUUUUCUGGAUUUUUGUUUUUAGAUUCCGUCUCUCACAGUUGAAGUGUACCUAUGAUUAAAAUGACAGACCUCUACAUGCUUUGUAAGUAGGAAAACCUGCAAAAUCGGCAAUGUAUCAAAUACUUCUUCUCCCCACUGUAUAUCCACAGUAAAACGAGUCCUAUAUCGACAUAACCUGAAAGGCCGCUCACCAAGGAAGAAGCCACUGCUCCAAAACUGCCAUAAAAAAGCCAGACUAUGGUUUGCAACUGCACAUGGGGACAAAGAUCAUACUUUUUGGAGAAAUGUCCUCUGGUCUGAUGAAACAAAAAUAGAACUGUUUGGCCAUAAUGACAAUCGUUAUGUUUGGAGGAAAAAGGGGGUUGCUUGCAAGCCGAAGAACACCAUCCCAACCGUGAAGUACGGGGGUGGCAGCAUCAUGCUGUGGGGGUGCUUUGCUGCUGGAGGGACUGGUACACUUCACAAAAUAGAUGGCAUCAUGAGGAAGGAAGAUUAUGUGGAUAUAUUGAAGCAACAUCUCAAGACAUCAGUCAGGAAGUUAAAGCUUGGUCGCAAAUGGGUCUUCCAAAUGGACAAUGACCCCAAGCAUACUUCCAAAGGUGUGGCAAAAUGGCUUAAGGACAACAAAGUCAAGGUAUUGGAGUGGCCAUCACAAAGCCCUGACCUCAAUCCUAUAAACAAUUUGUGGGCAGAACUGAAAAAGCGUGUGCGAGCAAGGAGGCCUACAAACCUGACUCAGUUACACCAGCUCUGUCAGGAGGAAUGGGCCAAAAUUCACCCAACUUAUUGUGGGAAGCUUGUGGAAUGCUACCCGAAACGUUUGACCCAAGUUAAACAUUUUAAAGGCAAUGCUACCAAAUACUAAUUGAGUGUAUGUAAACUUCUGACCCACUGGGAAUGUGAUGAAAGAAAUACAAGCUGAAAUAAAUAAUUAUCUCUACUAUUAUUCUGACAUUUCACCUUCUUAAAAUAAAGUGGUGAUCCUAACUGACCUAAGACAGGGAUUUUUUACUAGGAUUAAAUGUCAGGAAUUGUGAAAAACUUAGUUUAAAUGUAUUUGGCUAAGGUAUAUGUAAACUUCCGACUUAAACUGUAUAAACUCAUAUCUUUAUGUGACUGAUAAUUGGCCUGUUAUCUUUCCUUUUCUGAAUGUCAAAAUGCCAAAUGUCAAUUCCUUACCCUUUAGCUUUGUAAGAUGAGAGUUCUGGAGGAAUCUCCAGUAACCAUGCAGCAGAGCAAGCCUGUGGUCCUUUCUUCACAACCACAGACCCUCUACUCCUCCACCCUGUCCUCCCUCCAUCCCUCCCUCCCUGUGAUUCGGCAUCUCCUCCCCCCUAAAACCUCCCUCUCCUCUCUCCUCCUUCGUCCCAGCUGUCUAACUCUGGGUUUUCUGGCUGUUCUGAUCAAACCCCGGCACAGUGGCUCCAGUCCUGGACAACACUCCUCCAGGCAGCAGCUCUCUGCUUUUUUCUUUCCUUUCUAGUUUUUUUACUUCUUCACUUUAGUUCUUCAUUUUGUUUCCGUUUUGUUGCAUCCUGUGCACUCUUGAUCAGCAGUGGGAAGUAUUGUCUGGACCCCUUACUCUUGAACUGGGACAGACUUGAACUGGGACAGACUUGAACUGGGACAGACUGGUACUGGGACAGACUAGACCUACUGAAGCGGCAGAUCUUCGGUGCACAGCCAUGCAACAUGUCUUCUCUGCUCUCCUUCCAUCGCUUCUCUUCUUCCUAUGUGCUUUUCUUCGUUUCCCAAGAGAAAUGUGUGGAGUGUUUUUCCUGCUCUCAUGCACUUGUUAUUUGAUUGAAUCUCACUUAUGUAGUCAAUGAGACUUCUUACGUGAGGUUUUAGAGCCCUCUCAAUGUAGCAUAUGUAAUUACAAUUCAUAUACAUUGUUCUCCUGUAAGUAUUGUUAAUUUAUAGGUAGGCUGGACACAUGACAUUUUUAACAAUGCUUUUUUCUGAUAAAAACUAGUUCAUUGCAUCCGCCAUGGAGCCCAGUUUCAUAAUAUUACCAUAUGUCCCAGCUUCUUGUCGUAGUUUUGAAGUAAUCAUGAAAGAACAGGCCUUAUUUUAGGACAUUUUUCACCCUGCCAGCUCCUAUUAGUUCUAUUGAGCACCGUGGCACCAACUCGCCUUCCGAACGUCCUAUUCCCACCCCAUUGUUCAAUGUCACAAUGCCUGCUUCGCUAUUGUUGGCAAUGACACCUGCCCACGUUGAACCAAUUGCUGGUAGUUAAAACGUCAACAACAACAACAACAACAAAUUACUCACGGAACUCUGAGGUCGUCCCAUUGUUUCCUAUAGGGGAAAUAUAGGUAUGUCUGUCUAUUUCGCAAAAUAUAUCACAAUGUGUAUAUGUAGAUUUUUUCCCCCAAGUCAGACACCAUUUUAAUCAUGAUAAUCUCCUCUUUGUAAUUAUGUAAGUCUGAGCAGCGAGCUUGGUUGUCAUCGAUCACUAGACCAGAAAUAGUCAGAAGUUUAAAUUUUUUCCUCAUUACGCAGACAUAAGCACAGUUGACACCAUCGAGGUGCGGAUGUUUACUUUCUACACAAGUCGUUUUUUCCUUCAGUUUCGUCCUAAGAACAGAUUGUAGUGGUAAAAUAAAAAGGGAUAAAAAAAAAUUGUGCCAUUUAGGCGAAAUUGAAUUCUAAGCUUCACUCCAGUCAGAAGAGAAUCUGCGAACGUUCGAUUCAAUUCAUUUGCUAUGGGCUCGCGCCAGUGUUCCAGCUUAGCCAACGCUCUAUUGCCGUUUUUCAGCCUUGGGUGAAUUUUGACUCGUUCUAUUGUCCAGCCUAUUAUAGGCCAAGUAGCAGCUAUAGUAUCCAGUCCUAUGCGUAGGCCUAAUAUUAUAUCCUAUUAAAACACAGAUGAUUUGACCAACCACAAUGCCAAAAUCGCCACUCCAAAUUUGAGCAGAGACUAAUUUUUUUGCAUAACCUGGAACACACUUUUGUAAUCUAUUGAUUGUAAUCCCUGGUCAGACAGCUAUUAGCAUAUUAUAUACAGUGGGGAAAAAAAGUAUUUAGUCAGCCACCAAUUGUGCAAGUUCUCCCACUUAAAAAGAUGAGAGAGGCCUGUAAUUUUCAUCAUAGGUACACGUCAACUAUGACAGACAAAUUGAGAAAAAAAAAUCCAGAAAAUCACAUUGUAGGAUUUUUUAUGAAUUUAUUUGCAAAUGAUGGUGGAAAAUAAGUAUUUGGUCACCUACAAACAAGCAAGAUUUCUGGCUCUCACAGACCUGUAACUGCUUCUUUAAGACGCUCCUCUGUCCUCCAUCGUUACCUGUAUUAAUGGCACCUGUUUGAACUUGUUAUCCGUAUAAAAGACACCUGUCCACAACCUCAAACAGUCACACUCCAAACUCCACUAUGGCCAAGACCAAAGAGCUGUCAAAGGACACCAGAAACAACAUUGUAGACCUGCACCAGGCUGGGAAGACUGAAUCUGCAAUAGGUAAGCAGCUUGGUUUGAAGAAAUCAACUGUGGGAGCAAUUAUUAGGAAAUGGAAGACAUACAAGACCACUGAUAAUCUCCCUCGAUCUGGGGCUCCACGCAAGAGCUCACCCCGUGGGGUCAAAAUGAUCACAAGAACGGUGAGCAAAAAUCCCAGAACCACAUGGGGGGACCUAGUGAAUGACCUGCAGAGAGCUGGGACCAAAGUAACAAAGCCUACCAUCAGUAACACACUACGCCGCCAGGGACUCAAAUCCUGCAGUCCCCCUGCUUAAGCCAGUACAUGUCCAGGCCCGUCUGAAGUUUGCUAGAGUGCAUUUGGAUGAUCCAGAAGAGGAUUGGGAGAAUGUCAUAUGGUCAGAUGAAACCAAAAUAUAACUUUUUGGUAAAAACUCAACUCGUCGUGUUUGGAGGACAAAGAAUGCUGAGUUGCAUCCAAAGAACACCAUACCUACUGUGAAGCAUGGGGGUGGAAACAUCAUGCUUUGGGGCUGUUUUUCUGCAAAGGGACCAGGACGACUGAUCCGUGUAAAGGAAAGAAUGAAUGGGGCCAUGUAUCGUGAGAUUUUGAGUGAAAACCUCCUUCCAUCAGCAAGGGCAUUGAAGAUGAAACGUGGCUGGGUCUUUCAGCAUGACAAUGAUCCCAAACACACCGCCCGGGCAACGAAGGAGUGGCUUCGUAAGAAGCAUUUCAAGGUCCUGGAGUGGCCUAGCCAGUCUCCAGAUCUCAACCCCAUAGAAAAUCUUUGGAGGGAGUUGAAAGUCUGUGUUGCCCAGCGACAGCCCCAAAACAUCACUGCUCUAGAGGAGAUCUGCAUGGAGGAAUGGGCCAAAAUACCAGCAACAGUGUGUGAAAACCUUGUGAAGACUUACAGAAAACGUUUGACCUGUGUCAUUGCCAACAAAGGGUAUAUAACAAAGUAUUGAGAAACUUUUGUUAUUGACCAAAUACUUAUUUUCCACCAUAAUUUGCAAAUAAAUUCAUUAAAAAUCCUACAAUGUGAUUUUCUGGAUUUUUUUUCCUCAUUUUGUCUGUCAUAGUUGACGUGUACCUAUGAUGAAAAUUACAGGCCUCUCUCAUCUUUUUAAGUGGGAGAACUUGCACAAUAGGUGGCUGACUAAAUACUUUUUUUCCCCACUGUAGGCUGCAUCCCAAUAGUAUAUAGAGUGGUUUUUUCUCUGUCUCACUCUUGUCUACACUGAUCUUAAACAACACGAUAGGUGAAAGCAGAUUCCCAGAAGGUGUCCUCCACAUUGCUUUCACCUAUCCUGUGUAAUCAGAUCAGUGCAGAUGAAGUAAAGGAGAUGAGGAGAGGAAGCCACUCUAGACUAUUGGGAUGCAGCCUUAGACACGCGUAUAGAAUGAAGGACUCUCCGUUAGUCAGCUAUCCCAGGAUCCUCUGCUGCAUGCGUUCAUUAGACCCCGUAGUUUGCAUGUCUCCUGUUUUUUAUUUUUUUAUCAAUCUCGUUGUUUGUUUGUUUGGCCUCAGCUUCUUACAAUACCUGUUGUUUGUUUGUUUGGCCUCAGCUUCUUACAAUACCUGUUGUUUUUUUGGAGUCGUUUUUUUGUUAGAUUUUUCAUGGCCAUCUUUUUGUUUGUGUUUGUUUGUUUGUUCCUGCUCCUUGGUUGGAUGCACUUCCUUCCUGUGUGUUGUGAUGUCACUUCCUGUCCAGUGCUGGAGUUUGAGCUACGGAAAGCCAAGGAGACCAUUCAGGCUCUACGCGCCAACUUGACUCAGGCAGCAGGUGGCGUACUUAACACUUCUACUCCCAUUUCAUCCCUCUCUCCAUCUCUCCCUUUUUAUGGAGCUUCUCUCUAGCUCCUCCCAUCUUUCGCUGGAGUGGAAGGGUUCAUCUGUUCUGUUGCUUUAUUUUAUUUCUAGAGAGCGACACUCAGGAGAGAAACAAGAACUACAAAUCAAAUCAUGAGAUUCAGGUAGGCCGGACUCUCUCCUACACAGUGUUAGUAACUGUAUGCAGUACCACUGCAGCAAAUACACAAUGUUUCUUCAAAAUUACAGUUUAUUGAAAAACGUCUUGACUUUUCGAUUUGAUUGAUGUUUCAUCUGUCUCUAUACUCUAAGGAACCUAUCCGCCCACUGGAGAAGCGAGCCUUGAAUUUUCUUGUGAAUGAAUAUUUAUUAAAGAAUGAAUACAAACUAUCGGCCAUCACAUUCUCUGAUGAAAAUGACCAGGUAAUGUUUGUUUCUUUGUGUUGUCACUCAAGGUGUAUUUAGUGUGUCAUAUAAGGCUACAUACAGUAAAUAAACAUAUUACAUUUACAUUUUAGUCAUUUAGCAGACGCUCUUAUCCAGAGCGACUUACAGUUAGUGAGUGCAUACAUUUUUCAUACAUAUCAUCCUAUCUUGUUCGGUUGUUCAGGACUUUGAAUUGUGGGACGACGUGGGCCUGAACAUUCCGAAGCCUCCCGACCUAUUACAGAGCUACAGGAACUGUGGCUCCGCCCUUCCGUCGCCGCGGGAUACAGUGGAUGUAGCCGUGGGGGUGGAGUCAGGCGAGCUCACAGGGAACUACAUUACCCAGAAACAUGAUCUCUUGCAGCAGGUAGGAGAGCGAGAGAGAGCUUUGCAGUGAUGUGACUUUAAAACCUAAACAAUCCACUCAGACUGAUUUAGUCUACACUCCUUUCACAAUGUAUACUAAAAUCCUCUUCUCUCUCUCUCUCUUUCUCUCUCUCUCUCUCUUUCAGCAGCAGACAGAAGUGGUUGAGGAGUUGGAGUAUCAGAUCAGUCUACUGAAUGAAGAGAAACAGAGUCUGGCUGACCAGAUCAAGAAAUUACAAAGGUGUGUGUGUGUUAAGAGAGGAUGGGGUAAUGGCUCUACACUCCACCCUAUGUUGUCACAGAUAGAUGCUAAUUGAAAAUGUCACUGCCACAGCAUGUGACCUUUAUCCCUUGAACUUUGAACUGGCAUUUCAGCAGUCAUCUCUCUGUCCACCCAGGGCCUAUUCAGUCGGCUCUCUGUCCACCCAGGGCCUAUUCAGUCGGCUCUCUGUCCACCCAGGGCCUAUUCAGUCGGCUCCCUGUCCACCCAGGGCUUAUUCAGUUGGCUCUCUGUCCACCCAGGGCCUAUUCAGUUAGCUCUCUGUCCACCCAGGGCCUAUUCAAUCAGCUCUCUGUCCACCCAGGCCCUAUUCAAUCAGCUCUCUGUACACCCAGGGCCUAUUCAGUCGGCUCUCUGUCCACCCAGGGCCUAUUCAGUCGGCUCUCUGUCCACCCUGGGCCUAUUCAGUCGGCUCUCUGUCCACCCAGGGCCUAUUCAGUCGUCUCUCUGUCCACCCAGGGCCUAUUCAGUCGUCUCUCUGUCCACCCAGGGCCUAUUCAGUCAUCUCUCUGUCCUUUACAGCUAUUCUGAUUGUUUUCUCACUCCUCUCUUCUCCAGUGAGAUCCAAAGCCUAAGAAGGACAGUGUCCCCGCCUCCUCCUGACCAGGGCUCACAUCUCAACUCCCUCUGCUCCUCGUCCACACCUCCCCCUCCCCAGCCCCCCCUGGACAACAGUCAGUACCUGGACAUCACGGGAGCCUCAGAACCUGACAACCCCCCCACUGAGAGCAACCCCCCCACUCAGACCGUCAGUUCCCCUACACACACCUCUACACAACCCCUUGCCAAGCUAAAGUACAGAGGGACGGUGGUGUUUGACCAGCCCAACAGGUUAGUCUGAAGAUAUAGUGUAGUUACUCAGUGUGACCUGUAGAUGGAGCCAGUGGCCCGUAAUAGACAGUCUGAUUCUAUUUCUCUUGACUGGAAUGAGCUUGAUUCUCGUUCACUCUCUCUUGUCUUGUGUUUCUCGUUGACAGGAAGUUGUCACCAGCGUUCCAGCAGGCUCUGCUGUCCUUUUGUAAGAUGUCAGCUGACAGUCGUCUGGGGGCAGAGGUUAGAGGUCAUCCCUAAUCAGUCACAUGACCAUAGUGUCAGCUAUCUAUGUCUAAGAGUAUAGUAUACUACUACAGAAACCAUUGAAAUAUACAGUCCCCAGAGCUGUGGUAUUUCUCGCUUUCAUAUUAGCCUUCUCUCCCAAUUUGUGACAGUUUUUUACUCUCUGUCCAUCUUUCUCUAGGUGUCGAGGAUAGCAGACAAUGAGGAGAGUGUGAUGCUGAUGUUGGGUCGCUGUCUCCCUCACAUUGUCCCCAACGUACUCCUGGCCAAACGAGAGGUACCUCCCCCUCUUCUCCCCCCAUCCUCCCAUCAACACAGGCUUCUUUCUGUCUUUAGUUUGGAAUUCAACAUCUGACUCCACUGUUUUUCACCGGUUCUCAUCUCUCCUCUUCCACUUUUUUGUCCUCUUGCUUUCACUUUUGUCUUUCUUUCACUCUCUCACUCAUUGUCUGGCUCUGUGCAUGCCUUACUGCUCCUAGAGAAUGGUGGCACACCUGUGCCAGGUGAGUUGGACACGCCCACAUCUGCAUGACCUCACCUGACCUCACACCUAGGGGUAACACAGGCCCACGCCACGGGCUACAACCACACAUCAGUCUCAUCUGAUUGGCUAGUUAUUAAAACUCGAGCAGGGCAAAGCCAUGCUAGAAUUUCGAUAAUUUAUGAAAAAGCUUAUGUUAGGGGUAAUGGCUAGUUUUAGUAAUUAAGAUUGCAUAUGCAGUUGUGGCCUGUAUAUAUGCGGUAAAGGGAUCAAUCGAAAUCGACCAAAACAAUGGAAACGCCAUUGUAAUGCCCGUGGGGCAUGGAAUGGCCGCCAAUGAUGGCGUUCUUCUUCUAUCCCCCACGGUCUGCAUUCCAUUGAUCUCUUUACCGCAUCUAUGGUGGACUGUUUUAUACCUCUGACCCUGUGCAUUGUCACCCCGCUCCUCUGUGAUUGGUUCCCAUUAGCACUCAGUCUUCUCAUUGGUUGAUUAUUUAAUCUCUGAUUGGCUGAAACAGGGGCCAACCAGAGCUGAUUGAACGUCUAUGUGUUUUGUAUAAUUUCACUUAACAUUUGUAUCUGAUUUAUAAACUAAUUUGAGUGCAUUGUGUGAGAAAGACCUGCAGUGUAACUGACGAACCGAUUGAAAAACACUAUCUGGCGUUGGUGUAAAAUAAGUCAUCGCUCUAAACAGUAAAUGCUGAUGGUUUCUUUCCGUGCCUAAAGGCGUCAGCAUGCUUCAGUUUGGCUGGCGCCUAGCCUAACCGAACAAGUGUGCUCGCAUACUCCCUUAAAAUACCUUUGCUUGAAAAAAUUGAAUUAAUAUAAGAUAACUCAAGAAAUCUGUCAUUCAUUUUGAUGUUUUUGCAGAGGAGAUCUUAGUCACACUCAAUUUUACAUCUAACUAAGAUGUUUGGUGCAGUAUUUCUCAAUGAAAAAAAUUGCAUGAAAGCGAGUCGCUUCUUGUUGAAUGACAACAAAGACUUUAUUUAAGAAUCCCUACUGUUGACCAAUCACUGACGAGUGGGCGUAGACUUCGGCUCCGUUCUUCAGCUUGCCUCCAGAACAUUUUUUGUGUGCCCGAACAGCCGAAUAAACCCUCACCGAAGUCCAAAACGAACAAAAAAACGUCACAAAAUGUCGUUAUAAUAUAUGCACAAACUCUUCCAAACUGUUUUGGCUGGGAAGUAUGCGGACGCAUGUUUAAGUCCGCUAUGGUUGGAUUUGUGUGUUAGAUUGUGGUGUGUGAGUUUGUGUGUGAGACUGUGGGGUGUGUGAGUUCAUGUGUGAGAUUGUGGUGUGUGCGAGUUUGUGUGUGAGUUUGUGGUGUGUGCGAGUUCGUGUGUGAGAUUGUGGUGUGUGCGAGUUUGUGUGUGAGUUUGUGGUGUGUGCGAGUUUGUGUGUGAGUUUGUGGUGUGUGCGAGUUCGUGUGUGAGAUUGUGGUGUGUGCGAGUUCGUGUGUGAGAUUGUGGUGUGUGCGAGUUCGUGUGUGAGAUUGUGGUGUGUGUGAAGGAGUGGUUGGGAGAGUCAGGUGGGCUCACCACACAGUCUGUGAUUUGCAUAUCACAGUUAUGGUUUUAAUGAUCUUCUGACAGUUAUGAAGAAUCUGGCUUCCCGCCAAAAUCUAGGAAAAACAAAGUGAAGACAAAAGAGAGAGAUUGUUCUGCCUCUGUGGAGGUGGGUAUGGACUUUGUUCUGUGUCUGUUAGAAAGCCAGAAUCAACACACACACACACACACCUUUGUGCUCCUACUGUUUGGAGGCCUCCCACUGCCAGCUCAAAAACACACCUUAAGUUCUAAACUUUCCACACUAUGGACACGUGACUAGGAACAAUAGACGUUUGACUUUGAUGACUGACUGAAUUAGUGUAACAGUAAAACUCUGCCUGCCACCUGUCCUCUUUACUAUCAAUACUCAUAAAUCAUUAUGGUCUUAUGGCAGACAGACCAAGCCUACUCUAAGAUACCGCCGAAAGAUACUCCCCAAUACCUGUAUGGUCUUCAUGGAACCAGAUACUGACCAAUACCUGUGUGGUCUUCAUGGAACCAGAUACUGAUCAAUACCUGUAUGGUCUUCAUGGAACCAGAUACUGACCCAAUACCUGUAUGGUCUUCAUGGAACCAGAUACCGACCCAAUACCUGUAUGGUCUUCAUGGAACCAGAUACUGAUCAAUACCUGUAUGGUCUUCAUGGAACCAGAUACUGACCCAGUACCUGUAUGGUCUUCAUGGAACCAGAUACUCCCCAAUACCUGUAUGGUCUUCAUGGAACCAGAUACUGACCAAUACCUGUAUGUUCUUCAUGGAACCAGAUACUGACCAAUACCUGUAUGGUUUUCUUGAGAACCAGGACCAUAAAUAGUCAACAGUCCCACUUCCCAUUUUUAAGUGCUUUGCUCAAGGGCACAAUCGACAGGUUUUUCACUUAGUCGGCUCGGGUAUUUGAACCAGGAACCUUUCGGUUAUUGGCUCAACGCUCUUAACCGCUAGGCUACCUGCUGUCCUGAUCUACCUGGUCUCUAGCUUACCAGAGAAAUAAUGACCUAUAUUCAGCACUGCAGCUGCACCUUACAACUGGGCUGCAUCUAAAUAGUCUAAAGUGCCUUAUUUUGCCCUGAUCUGAAAAUGUCACUCUGCAAUAGGUCCUAGUUGGCCACCCCUGGUCUCAACAUGGUGGUACUGCAAUAGGUCCUAGUUGGCCACCCCUGGUCUCAACAUGGUGGUACUGCAAUAGGUCCUAGUUGGCCACCCCUGGUCUAAACAUGGUGGUACUGCAAUAGGUCCUAGUUGGCCACCCCUGGUCUAAACAUGGUGGUACUGCAAUAGGUCCUAGUUGGCCACCCCUGGUCUAAACAUGGUGGUACUGCAAUAGGUCCUAGUUGGCCACCCCUGGUCUAAACAUGGUGGUACUGCAAUAGGUCCUAGUUGGCCACCCCUGGUCUAAACAUGGUGGUACUGCAAUAGGUCCUAGUUGGCCACCCCUGGUCUAAACAUGGUGGUACUGCAAUAGGUCCUAGUUGGCCACCCCUGGUCUAAACAUGGUGGUACAGCAAUAGGUCCUAGUUGGCCACCCCUGGUCUAAACAUGGUGGUACUGCAAUAGGUCCUAGUUGGCCACCCCUGGUCUAAACAUGGUGGUACUGCAAUAGGUCCUAGUUGGCCACCCCUGGUCUAAACAUGGUGGUACUGCAAUAGGUCCUAUUGCUGUACCACCAUGUUUAGACCAGGGGUGGCCAACUAGGACCUAUUGCAGUACCACCAUGUUUAGACCAGGGGUGGCCAACUAGGACCUAUUCUGGUCUAACAUGGUGGUCCUCUGUAGCUCAGCUGGUAGAGCACGGCGCUUGUAACGCCAAGGUAGUGGGUUCGAUCCCCGGGACCACCCAUACACAAAAAAUGUAUGCACGCAUGACUGUAAGUCGCUUUGGAUAAAAGCGUCUGCUAAAUGGCAUAUUAUUAUUAUUAUAUUAUUAUAAACAUGGUGGUACUGCAAUAGGUCCUAGUUGGCCACCCCAGGUCUAAACAUGGUGGUACUGCAAUAGGUCCUAGUUGGCCACCCCUGGUCUAAACAUGGUGGUACUGCAAUAGGUCCUAGAAGGCCACCCCUGGUCUAAACAUGGUGGUACUGCAAUAGGUCCUAGUUGGCCACCCCUGGUCUAAACAUGGUGGUACUGCAAUAGGUCCUAGUUGGCCACCCCUGGUCUAAACAUGGUGGUACUGCAAUAGGUCCUAGUUGGCCACCCCAGGUCUAAACAUGGUGGUACUGCAAUAGGUCCUAGAAGGCCACCCCUGGUCUAAACAUGGUGGUACUGCAAUAGGUCCUAGAAGGCCACCCCAGGUCUAAACAUGGUGGCACUGCAAUAGGUCCUAGUUGGCCACCCCAGGUCUAAACAUGGUGGUACUGCAAUAGGUUCUAGAAGGCCACCCCAGGUCUAAACAUGGUGGUACAGCAAUAGGUCCUAGUUGGCCACCCCAGGUCUAAACAUGGUGGUACUGCAAUAGGUCCUAGUUGGCCACCCCUGGUCUAAACAUGGUGGUACUGCAAUAGGUCCUAGUUGGCCACCCCUGGUCUAAACAUGGUGGUACUGCAAUAGGUCCUAGUUGGCCACCCUGGUCUAAACAUGGUGGUACUGCAAUAGGUCCUAGUUGGCCACCCCUGGUCUAAACAUGGUGGUACUGCAAUAGGUCCUAGUUGGCCACCCCUGGUCUAAACAUGGUGGUACUGCAAUAGGUCCUAGUUGGCCACCCCUGGUCUAAACAUGGUGGUACUGCAAUAGGUCCUAGUUGGCCACCCCUGGUCUAAAACAUGGUGGUACUGCAAUAGGUCCUAGUUGGCCACCCUGGUCUAAACAUGGUGGUACUGCAAUAGGUCCUAGUUGGCCACCCCUGGUCUAAACAUGGUGGUACUGCAAUAGGUCCUAGUUGGCCACCCCUGGUCUAAACAUGGUGGUACUGCAAUAGGUCCUAGUUGGCCACCCCUGGUCUAAACAUGGUGGUACUGCAAUAGGUCCUAGUUGGCCACCCCUGGUCUAAACAUGGUGGUACUGCAAUAGGUCCUAGUUGGCCACCCCUGGUCUAAACAUGGUGGUACUGCAAUAGGUCCUAGUUGGCCACCCCUGGUCUAAACAUGGUGGUACUGCAUAGGUCCUAGUUGGCCACCCCUGGUCUAAACAUGGUGGUACUGCAAUAGGUCCUAGUUGGCCACCCCUGGUCUAAACAUGGUGGUACUGCAAUAGGUCCUAUUUGGCCACCCCUGGUCUAAACAUGGUGGUACUGCAAUAGGUCCUAGUUGGCCACCCCUGGUCUAAACAUGGUGGUACUGCAAUAGGUCCUAGUUGGCCACCUCGGGUGUAAACAUGGUGGUACUGCAAUAGGUCCUAGUUGGCCACCCCUGGUCUAAACAUGGUGGUACUGCAAUAGGUCCUAGUUGGCCACCCCUGGUCUAAACAUGGUGGUACUGCAAUAGGUCCUAGUUGGCCACCCCUGGUCUAAACAUGGUGGUACUGCAAUAGGUCCUAUUUGGCCACCCCUGGUCUAAACAUGGUGGUACUGCAAUAGGUCCUAGUUGGCCACCCCUGGUCUAAACAUGGUGGUACUGCAAUAGGUCCUAGUUGGCCACCUCGGGUGUAAACAUGGUGGCACCAUGGUGUCUCCAUGGCUGCUCUACCUGCCCACAUGUUGACCCAACAUUGGCCAGAUGUUUUCCUUGGAACAUAUCUGUGGCUUGGUUCUGGAAUAGAAUGGGGUCAGAUAGGGUUCACUAGUUCUGCAAUAGAACAAGGUCAGAUAGGGUUCACUGGUUCUGGAAUAGAACAAGGUCAGAUAGGGUUCAAUGGUUCUGGAAUAGAACAAGGUCAGAUAGGGUUCACUGAUUCUGGAAUAGAACAAGGUCAGAUAGGGUUCACUGAUUCUGGAAUAGAACAAGGUAAGAUAGGGUUCACUGAUUCUGGAAUAGAACAAGGUUGAAGUAGGGAAAGCUAUACCUAGUCAGUUGCACAACUGAAUGCAUUAAACCGAAACGUGUCUUCCGCAUUUUACCCAACCCCCUGCCUGGCUGCCUUAAUCGACGUCUGGGGAGAAGUUGUUGUGCGGGUUAACUGCCUUGCUCGAAUUCAAUUUUAAAUUCCAUUUUAAUCUUGUCUCUAACAGUUUGUGAAAGCACAUCAGAAUAGUUGUCAUUCUGUCUGGGGCUUGUGUUGAGUGUGAAGCACAUCAUAUAUUUAUUUGAAUGAGUGACAGUUGUACUCAGCAUCUACAGACAUCCAGCAUACUCUGAGUGAGUAAUUUCAGGGCUUCCCCUCCAUUCCCCAGCCUCUCUCACAAUUGAUAGUCUUUGGUUUUAUUUUGUUGUUCUGCCAACAUUCAACUUUGGGUUUGGUCAUUCUGCCAAUGUUCAUCAGGAAAAUAUGAAACCUUCCUGGAAAACCCUGCUGGUUUCAAAAAAGAAAAUACAUAUUUUUAACAGUGUUUUUAAGUGUAUCCUCUCUCUCUCUCUAAUUUGGUUGUGUGUGCGGUAGGAAAGUAGAGCUAACCACAGUUUGACCAUGAGGCAGAAUGAAGGGCUGUCUGCCUGUCCCGUCCCGUCAUGAGGCAGUAUGAAGGGCUGUCUGCCCGUCCCGUCCCGAGGCAGUAUGAAGGGCUGUCUGCCUGUCCCGUCAUGAGGCAGUAUGAAGGGCUGUCUGCCCGUCCCGUCCCGUCAUGAGGCAGUAUGAAGGGCUGUCUGCCUGUCCCGUCCUGUCAUGAGGCAGUAUGAAGGGCUGUCUGCCUGUCCCGUCCCGUCAUGAGGCAGUAUGAAGGGAUGUCUGCCUGUCCCGUCCCGUCAUGAGGCAGUAUGAAGGGCUGUCUGCCCGUCCCGUCCUGGAACUAGGCUUUAGUUUUUGUUCUCUCUCUCUCUCUCCAGGCUGGUUCUCGUAUGAACUUCACAUGACCUUUACUGUUCAUGAAGGAACUUGGUCUAAACCAGGGGGUACCAGUCAUUCAUAUUAGAAAACCAUGAGACAUUGUCAUGAUACAUGGAUGUACAUGAUAACAGCACAUUGUUUCCUCUGGUUUCCAGUUAAUUUGCCCCUUGUUCUGUUUCUGUUGGUGGUGAUUACACAGUGUUGUUCUUAAACUCCCUCUCUCUUACCCAUUACCCCCCCCCCCCCCCCCCCCCCCCCCCCCCUUCACCCAAAGAGCCACAAACCCAAACUGAUCUCUCUCUCUCUCUCUUCUCUCUCUCCCACUCUCUCUCUCUCAUCCCUCUCUCCAUCCCUCUGUCUCUCUCUAUCUCUCUGUUUCUAGGAGUUGAUUCCUCUCAUCCUGUGUACGGCGUGCCUCCACCCGGAGCCUAAAGAGAGAGACCAGCUCCUCCACAUCCUCUUCAACCUCAUCAAGAGACCUGACGACGAACAGAGGUGUGUGUGUGUCUUUUUAUACCUAUCUGUGGGUUUCUAGGCUGAUGAUCAAAGAUGAUCUUGACGGUGUGUGUAUUAACUACAUGUGUGUGUCUGUCUAUAGGCGGAUGAUCCUAACAGGUUGUGUGGCGUUUGCCAGACAUGUUGGUCCUACUAGAAUCGAGGCUGAACUCCUACCACAAUGCUGGGAACAGGUAGCUACUUCUCUCUCUCUCUCUCUCUCUCUCUCUCUCUCUCUCUCUCUCUCUCUCUCUCUCUCUCUCUCUCUCUCUCUCUCUCUCUCUCUCUCUCUCUCUGAAAAUAUUCCUAAUUUAGUUUUUUGUUGCUGGUGAUACACAAACAGUUAUUGGUUGCUAUGGAUACGACCAAUAUAUUGUGCCACGUUUCCAAUAAUAUCCCAAUAAAGACAGAUCAGCAUGUUCUAAUCUACAGGGUUACCCCUCAUCACAUCCUCCUCACUCUCUCUCGCUCUCUCCCCCAGAUCAACCAUAAGUAUUCAGAGAGGAGGUUGUUGGUAGCAGAGGCCUGUGGAGCCUUAGCACCUUACCUGCCUGUAAGAUUCCCGCACACACACUAUCUCUCUCUCUCACACACACAGAUACAUACACACACCGGUACUUACACACAUAACACCUGUACUCACAUGUUAUCACACAGCUUAUCUGCCUGUUAGACACUCUGCCUGUGUGUGUGUGUGUUCUCACUCUGCCUGUGUGUGUGUGUGUGUGUUCUCACUCUGCCUGUGUGUGUGUGUGUUCUCACUCUGCCUGUGUGUGUGUGUGUGUUCUCACUCUGCCUGUGUGUGUGUGUGUGUUCUCACUCUGCCUGUGUGUGUGUGUGUGUGUUCUCACUCUGCCUGUGUGUGUGUGUGUGUUCUCACUCUGCCUGUGUGUGUGUGUGUGUUCUCACUCUGCCUGUGUGUGUGUGUGUGUUCUCACUCUGCCUGUGUGUGUGUGUGUGUUCUCACUCUGCCUGUGUGUGUGUGUGUGUGUGUGUUCUCACUCUGCCUGUGUGUGUAUGUGUGUUCUCACUCUGCCUGUGUGUGUGUGUGUGUGUGUUCUCACUCUGCCUGUGUGUGUGUGUGUGUGUUCUCACUCUGCCUGUGUGUGUGUGUUCUCAGAAGGAGAUACGUAGUUCGCUGGUGUUGUCCAUGCUGCAGCAGAUGUUAGCUGAAGACAAGGCAGACAUGGUCAGAGAGGCUGUGGUCAAAAGCCUCGCUAUCAUCAUGGGAUACAUCGACGACCCUGACAAGUACUCCCAGGUGUGUGCGUGUUCGAAAGGCUUUCUGACCGUUUGGUUGUGUUAAAUGAACUGUGGUCAUGUUAAAGUGACUGUGGUCGUGUUGUGUUCAUGUUGCGGUCAGGGUUUCGAGUUGAUGUUGCUGUCCCUCGGUGACCCAUCGGAGAGGGUGGUCAGUGCUAUCCACCAGGUGUUCAUCCCAGCGUUCGCUGCCUGGACCACAGAGCUGGGAAACCUCCAGACCACUCUCAUCCCCUCUCUACUGGCCCGCAUAGAGAAACUACUCAAGGUAGGUAGAGCCACAGGACUUUGGUUAUUUGACAUGUGUAAGAUUUUUUGUUGUUGUUGUUGAUCCCAAUGGAUCAAUAAGGUUGAUCAGUAGAUGGAGAAGUGAAUGCUCUAACCCCCCCCCUCUCUCUCUCUCUCUCUCUCGCUCUCUCUCUCCAUCUCUCUCUCUCCAUCUAUCUCUCUCUCUCUCUCCAUCUAUCUACCUAUCUCUCUCUCUCUCUCUCUCUCCAUCUCUCUCUCUCUCUCCAUCUCUCUCUCUCUAUCUGUGCCUCCCUCCUUCUCUCCAGCAGGGUGAACAUGGUCUUGAUGAACACAAGCUCCACAUGUUCCUGUCGGCCCUCCAGUCUCUCAUCCCUCCUCUGUUCUCUGUGGUGCUCCAGAACGCUCCCUUCACACACAGGGUCAACCUGAAGGGAAACAUCCCCCCCAUAGAGGGUAGGACACACACACACAUGAAAUUGGAAGCCAGUAACCUUGAUAUGUUCUGACUACCAUAUUCUCCCACAAUCUCUAGUAUUUUGCAUCCCUGACCUUUAACCCCUGACUCCUAACCUAUGACUCCUGUUUGACUCGUCAGUGACGCGGUUCCCUCGGCCAGCGUCCCCUCUUCAGGAUUUAGCGACUAUCGUGGGCAGCCGGGAGACGCUGAGCGCCCUCCUCAUCCUGUAUGAUUACCAGCUAGAACAUGAAGGCACUACAGGCUGGGACAGUCUGCUGUGGGUGGUCAACCAACUGUGAGUGGUCUAUACACUAAACAUUCACAUGCAUUUAUAUUUAUAUAUAUAUAUAUAUAUAUAUAUAUAUAUAUAUAUAUAUAUAUAUAUAUAUAUAUAUAUAUACACACACACACACUGAGUGGACAUAACAUUAGGAACACCUGCUCUUUCCAUGACAAAGACUGACCAGGUGAAUCCAGGUGAACGCUAUGAACCCUUAUUGAUGUUAAAUCCACUUCAAUCAGUGUAGAUGAAGGAGAGGAGACGGGUUAAAGAAGAUUUGAGACAUGGAUUGUGUAUGUGUGCCAGUCAGAGGGUGACUGGGCAAGACAAAAUAUUUAAGUGCCUUUGAACGGGGUAUGCUAGUAGGUGCCAGGCGCACCGGUUUGUUUCAAGAACUGCAACGCAGCUGAGUUUUUCACGCUCAACAGUUUCCCGUGCUUAUCAAGACGGGUCCACCACGCAAACGACAUCCAGCCAAUUUGACACAACUGUGGGAAGCAUUGGAGUCAACAUGGGCCAGCAUCGCUGUGGAACGCUUUCGACACCUUGUAGAGUCCAUGCCCCGACGAAUUGAGGCUGUUCUAAGGGCAAAGGGGGGUGCAACGAAAUAUUAAUGUUUUGUACACUCAGUAUAUAUGUAUACACACACAUGCAUAUACACUAUAUAUACAAAAGUAUGUGGACACCCCGUCAAAUUAGUGGAUUCGACAGUUUCAGCCACAACUGUUGCUGACGGGUAUAAAAUCGAGCACACUGCCAUGCAAUCUCCAUAGACAAACAUUGGCAGUAUAAUGGCCUUACUGAACAGCUCAGUGACUUUCAACGUGGCACCGUCAUAAGAUGCCACCUUUCCAACAAGUCAGUUCGUCAAAUUUCUGCCCUGCUACAGCUGCCCCGGUCAACUGUAAGUGCUGUUAUUGUGAAGUGGAAACAUCUAGGAGCAACAACGGCUCAUCUGCGAAGUGGUAGGCCACACAAGCUCACAGAACGGGACCGCCGUGUGCUAAAGCACGUAGUGCGUAAAAAUAGUCUGUCCUCGCUUCCAACACUCACUACCAAGUUCCAAACUGCCUCUGAAAGCAACGUCAGCACAAGAACUGUUGGUCGGGUGCUUCAUGAAAUGGGUUUCCAUGGCCGAGCAGCUGCACACAAGCCUAAGAUCACCAUGCGCAAUGCCAAGCGUCGGCUGGAGUGGUGUAAAGCCCGACGCCAUUGGACUCUGGAGCAGUGUAAAUGCGUUCUCUGGAGUGAUGAAUCAGUCUUCACCAUCUGGCAGUCCGAUGGACGAGUCUGGGUUUGGCGUUAGCCAGGAGAACACUACCUGCCCCAAUGCAUAGUGCCAACUGUAAAGUUUGGUGGAGGAGGAAUAAUGGUCUGGAGCUGUUUUUCAUGGUCCGGGCAAGGCCCCUUAGUUCCAGUGAAGGAAAAUCUUAACGCUACAGCAUACAAUGACAUUCUAGACGAUUCUGUGCUUCCAACUUUGUGGCAACAGUUUGGGGAAGGCCCUUUCCUGUUUCAGCAUGACAAUGCCCCCGUGCACAAAGCAAGGUCCAUACAGAAAUUGUUUUUUUCGAGAUCGGUGUGGAAGAACUUGACUGGCCUGCACAGAGCCCUGACCUCAACCCGAUCUAACACUUUGGGAUGAAUUGGAACGCCGACAGCGAGCCAGGCCUAAUCGCCCAACCUCCGUGCCCGACCUCACUAAUGCUCUUGUGGCUGAAUGGAAGCAAGUCCCCGCAGUAAUGUUCCAACAUCUAGUGGAAAUCCUUCCCAGAAGAGUGGAGGCUGUUAUAGCAGCAAAGGGGGGACCAACUCCAUAUUAAUGCCCAUGAUUAUGGAAUGAGAUGUUCGACGAGCAGGUGUCCACAUACUUUUGGUCAUGUAGUGUAUAUAGACACACACACACACACAGAUACACACACAGACACACACACACUCCUGACCCCCUCUCCUCUCUCUCCAGUCUUCCCCAGCUGAUAGAGAUAGUAGGUCGUAUUAACGUAACCUCCACUACGUGUGUCCAUGAGUUCUCACGCUUCUUCUGGAGACUCUGUCGCACGUUUGGCAAGAUCUUCACUAACACUAAGGUAAGAAUGUCUACUGGUCCACUGUAGGCCUCGUGCUGGACAGAAUCUGUGCUCUUCUAUUCAUUUCAUUGGUGCUGACUGUAGCGCUGUGUCCUCUCUCUUUCAGGUAAAACCACAGUUCCAAGAGAUCCUACGUCUAUCUGAAGAGAAUGUUGGUAAGUGGAAGACACAGACCUUUUAUAAAUCAUCUAUUUUAUGGGGAUCAGGACUGGGUGUUUCUCACUUCUUCUUCUCAUCCUCUGAAUAUAUCUGAAGUUUAAACGAGGUUGUGGUCUGAUAUCGCUGCCAAGUGUUUUUAUUUGUGUCUGGUCUUGUGUGCAUGCCAACUAUUCUCUGUUUCAUAAACUCACUGAACAGGAAAUAUGUUACAUGGUCAUAUGUCCAUUUCUCUUUCUCCAAUAUUGUUAUUCUCUCUCUCCUAGAUGCUUUAACAGGGAAUGGUAUUCUGACCAAGGCUACAGUUCCAGUCUAUGCUACAGGAGUACUGACAUGCUACAGUCAGGUAAACAAGUGUGUUUUGGUGCAUGUUUGUCAUUGGGACACUGAUCCGUCUUUCUAAUAACUGGGUCAUUCCACGUAAUGAGUGCCUUUUGCGUCCCUUUCAUAUUUUAAGUAGACAUUUUGCACAAAUAUUGAAUUUUAAAAGCCUUUUAUAUUAAAUUAAGUGCUCUUUAAUAUAGACCACAUGGAAAAUUCAAUCAAUCAGAUUUUUUCGAUAUGAAUAAAGACUUGCUAAAAGUGCAUUUUGACACCUCUGUGCAUCCUCUAGGAAGAUUUUAACCCACUUAACCCCAUCGUUUCUCCAAGUUUCACCAUCAUUGUCAAGCCCUAGUUAUUUUGUUGCUUUGACAAAGUAUUUUCUGAAGAUUAUUGUUUAUUUCAUGUGAUUUAGUGAUUCAUUUUAAGAAGGGAAAAAAAUCUACCUGUCCCUCAUUUUAAGGUCAACCCUGUUCCGUGGUCUGAACUCUCGUUUUAAUAUGGUGAAACUAUUCAAAAGAGAAAUUGAACAUCUAAAAGUGAAAUCAUAGUGUAAAAGAAGGUGAACAGGUUCUACUCUUUUUGGGCAUUUUCUGUUUUGUGGUGGAAAGCUGAGCGGUCGAGUAUAACACGUAAACCCUGUUACCCAUAGAUGGACAGGCUAGAAAUGUUUGAACAAUUUAUUAUAAAAAAAUGUGACGCUUGCGUUCAAUUGCCACUCCCUGUUGCACACAACGAGCUUCCAUUCCCCCUGUCACAAAGGGAUUUAUGGCUGAUUUUAAUAUGAAAUCGUCAACACUGUUCAACCUUAUUUAACCUUGUGAUAUUGGAAAACAUGUUUUUUAUUUAUGUUUGUUAAAAUAAACUUUUUUUUUUUACAAAGUUACACUACUCAAAAAAUACCUAAUUGGUGGAACCACCCAACUGUUGACACUCAGCAUAUAAUGUGUCUAUAAUGUGUGUAAUGUGUAUAAUGUGUGUGUUUAUGUGUAAUGUGUGUGUUCCACCAGGAUGAGGAUCGUAAGCUGCUGGUUGGUUUUCUAGAGGACGUCAUGACGACCCUGUCUCUCUCCCACGCCCCCCUGGACAGCCUCAAAGCCUCCUUCAUAGAGCUGGGGUAACACACGCACACAGAUACACACAGACACAUACACAGACACACACAGACACAGACACAAGAGUCGGACAGAAUGAUAACUGUGAAAUAAGCAAUAUAUUGUUUUUACUUAGAUCUCCCUCUGUCUCUCUCUCCUCCCCACUCUCUCUUUCUCUCUCUCCCCCCUCUCUUUCUCCCCCUCUCUCUCUCUCUCCCCCUCAUCUCUUGCUCUCCCACAUCCCUCUCUCCAUCUUUCUCUCUCUCUCUCUCUCUCUCUCUCUCUCUCUCUCUCUCUCUCUCUCUCUCUCUCUCUCUCUCUCUCUCUCUCUCUCAGAGCUAACCCAGUGUACCAUGAGUUGUUACUGACAGUACUGUGGUACGGGGUGGUCCAUACCUCCGCUCUGGUCCGCUGUACCGCUGCACGCAUGUUUGAGGUACGACACCCUGCUGCAACGCACCACACACACACAUAUACACACACACGUUAACUCACUGAACAACAUGCUUUAUAGUCUAGUGGCUAAUGUCAGACCAUGUAAGGAUGACACUGUAUUUGGAUUGCGGUGUUUUUAUGGACACCUGUUUGUCAUGGACUAGAAGUUGUCUCCCAGCUGAUUUAAACGUACAGUUGUUAUAGUGUUGUUGGAACACUGAUAAGGUUCUAAAGGUUUUUAUUAUGCAAACAGAACUAUACUGGUUUGCAAUGCCUCCCGAUGUGUUUCCCCUGCAGCAGACACUGCUUGUUAUUGCCUACCCUCUCUAUGGUCUGAUUAGAUUUGAAUCCCUAACCCCUUCCCAGAGCCAGUACCCCUUCCUAAGCACCUAAGAGGUAGGAGCUAGGGAAAAGCCUAGGACCAAAAUAGAAUAAGACCUAGAUAAAAUACACUCUUGAUGAAGAGGAGAUGUUGUUGCACUCUCCCCCUCCCCCCUCAUAGUGGUAUAGACACCCCCCUCCCCUCCCCCCUCAUAGUGGUAUAGACACCCCCCUCCCCCCUCAUAGUGGUAUAGACACCCCCCUCCCCCUCCCCCCUCAAAGUGGUAUAGACACCCCCCUCAUAGUGGUAUAGACACCCCCCUCCCCCCUCAUAGUGGUAUAGACACCCCCUCAUAGUGGUAUAGACACCCCCCCCCCUCCCCCUCCCCCCUCAUAGUGGUAUAGACAUCCCCCUCCCCCCUCAUAGUGGUAUAGACACCCCCCUCCCCCCUCAUAGUGGUAUAGACACCCCCCCUCCCCCUCCCCCCUCAUAGUGGUAUAGACACCCCCCUCAUAGUGGUAUAGACACCCCCCCUCCCCCUCCCCCCUCAUAGUGGUAUAGACACCCCCCCUCCCCCCUCAUAGUGGUAUAGACACCCCCCUCCCCCCCUCCCCCCUCAUAGUGGUAUAGACACCCCCCUCCCCCCUCAUAGUGGUAUAGACUCCCCCUCCCCCCAUCACUGUCAUAGUGGUAUAGACACCCCCCUCCCCCCUCAUAGUGGUAUAGACUCCCCCCUCCCCCCUCAUAGUGGUAUAGACACCCCCCUCCCCCCUUCACUCUCAUAGUGGUAUAGACACCCCCCCCCCCCCCCCCUUCACUGUCAUAGUGGUAUAGACACCCCCCUCCCCCCUCAUAGUGGUAUAGACCACCCCCCUCCCCCCUCCCCCUCAUAGUGUAUAGACACCCCCUCCCCCCUCAUAGUGGUAUAGACUCCCCCUCCCCCCCAUCACUGUCAUAGUGGUAUAGACACCCCCCUCCCCCCUCAUAGUGGUAUAGACAUCCCCCUCCCCCCCUCAUAGUGGUAUAGACACCCCCCUCCCCCUUCACUCUCAUAGUGGUAUAGACACCCCCCUCCCCCCUUCACUCUCAUAGUGGUAUAGACACCCCCCUCCCCCCUUCACUCUCAUAGUGGUAUAGACACCCCCCCCCUCCCCCUUCACUGUCAUAGUGGUAUAUCCCACCCUACCAUUCUCAGCAGGCUAGGUAGAACCCUAACCACAGAUGUAGGAUCAGAUUCCUCUGCCCCCAGUCCUAGCCAUCACUAUUAAGGCAUGGACAAAGAUCUGACUCUGGACCAGUGGUUAGGGGGUAACUUCUACCAGCUCUGUUCGCUUGGCUCCUCACUUAUUAUUUGUUGUAAAUUUUUUUGUUAAUGUGUGUGUUGUUUUGUUGUGUGUGUGUGUGUGUUUGGUUGUGUGUGUGUGUGUGUGUGUUUGGUUGUGUGUGUGUGUGUGUGUGUGUGUUUGGUUGUGUGUGUGUGUGUGUGUUUUAGUUGUGUGUGUGUUUGGUUGUGUGUGUGUGUGUGUGUGUUUGGUUGUGUGUAUGUUUACUUGAUGGCGUGCAUGACCUGCGUACCUGCCAUGCCGCUGCUGCUACUUCUUGUCGUUGUAUAUCACUUUUUUCUGUUUUGUUUUCCUUUUCCCCCUCCUCCUCCCUCUCUCGGUGUGUUGCCGUGACACUGCUGGCUCUGUCUGUGGCCCGCCCCUGGGCUGUUACAUCACUGUGACCUCACGGCUGUGUUGUCCAAUCAGCUGCUGGUGAAGGGGGUGAAUGAGACGCUGGUGGCUCAGAGGGUGGUGCCCGCUCUCAUCACGCUCUCCAGCGACCCUGAAAUGUAAGUGUCCCCCUGCUGCCUCGUCUGGCCACCUCGACCCUACCACCUCGCAGGAAGAACCCCACAUCAUCGGGAGAUUUUGAUUGGUUUAAUAGUGGAUUUGAUUGGGGCAGACAGUCAAAGAGCUCAAAAAGCUAAACAAAUCCGACCACAAGGUAAAUUACGUGAACUUGACUAAAGUGAACUAAAUUGUGUCUCAAACUCAGGGAUAGAGACACUGAGGCAUUGCAGCAUGAAUCCAGUGCAAAGUAGGUGCUCUCUCUAAAAGUGUAUAUUUUCUCUGCUCUCUCAGAUGUUUUCAAGUCUGUCUGACUCUGGGUAAAAAUCUUCUUUGGGGUUUCUUCCUGUUGAGGUGCGGUCGACCGGUUCUGUGAUGUUAAUGUUUACUGUCUCUAAAACCACACAUCAUCAGUGUGCGACAUUAACCAUCACAAGCUAUUAUCGCAUCAUCAGCCUGCGCCACUAACCCACAUCCCGGUCAACUCAAUAUAACCAUGCUUGAAAGGACGGAAGUAUGAUGCUUUCUAACCAUAACAUGUGAUUUAAACACUAACCCAAACCCUUACCUCUAACCUAAACCAUUUCAUAAACCCAAACGUUAACUCUUUAAUUAAUACCAAAUAUCUAAUGUACUGAAGAUAUAAGGGAUAUUGUCCUUUCUGGCAUAGCCGUCUAGUAACUACCCAAUCAUGUUCAUCGCAUCAUCAGUCUACCGACACUAACCCAACUUGCGCUCUGAUUGGCUGCAUUUAGAGGCAUCCCAGCAUGCUCAGCUGUAAUGCCUUACCCCCCUCCCCCUUCCUCCUCCUCACCCACUUUUUAGCAGAUCCCCCCCUCAGCCUCCAACUCUCAGGUCCUGGACGAUUGUCUUCACCUCUCCCUCCCUCCUAACCUCUCCCUCCCUCCAUCCUAACCUCUUCCUCUCUCUCUCCUAACCUCUCCCUCUUCCUCUCGCCCUCCUAACCUCUCCCUCUCUCCCUCCUAUCCGUUUCCAGUUGAUUCUGCGAGGCAUGUCAGAAGCUUUAAUAGACCGUUGGGUGGCCCCAGCUCUCAUAACACUGUGCACUGGGCCUGAAUUGUGAGUCAACAAAGACGUUUUCGCUCCUCUUCUCCUCUCUCUCCCUCUCGCUCCCUCUCCCUCCUCUGCAUCCUCGUGGUUUCUUUGAAUGUAUUAUAUUGUUUAAAUCCAUACUGACACUGGACUGAUCUAACAUCACCAUUAACCUUGGCAUUAACAUACAUGAUCCACACUGAUGAUUGGUUGGUGUUGCUCAGUGUUCUAUUGUUAUAGUCUGAGCUGCAUCUUGGAGUGUUUAUAAAGCAGAGACCUGGUUCUAUUCUAACUCCUGUCUGGGUUAUAGUUCAGUCAGGAUAUCUACUAUCCCUGCCUUUGGCACCAUCAUGGAGACAGUCACGCAGAAAGAGGUACGAACAUCUAUAUUUACAAACAGACAUACACUACCGUUCAAAAGUUUGGGGUCACUUAGAGUAGCAAAGAAAAAGCCAUAUCUCAGACUGGCCAAUAAAAAUAAAAGAUUAAGAUGGGCAGUCUUGAGAUAUGGCUUUUUCUUUGCCUAGAAGGUCAGCAUCCCGGAGUCACCUCUUCACUGUUGAAGUUGAGACUGGUGUUCUGCGGGUACUAUUUAAUGAAGCUGCCAGUUGAGGACCUGUGAGACGUCUGUUUCUCAAACUAGACACUCUAUUGUAUUUGUCCUCUUGCUCAGUUGUGCACCAGGGCCUCCCACUCCUCUUUCUAUUCUGGUUAGAGCCAGUUUGCGCUGUUCUGUGAAGGGAGUAGUACACAGCAUUGUACGAGAUCUUCAGUUUCUUGGCAAUUUCUUGCAUUGAAUAGCCUUCAUUUCUCAGAACUAGAGUAGACUGACGAGUUUCAGAAGAAAGUUAUUUGUUUCUGGCCAUUUUGAGCCUGUAAUCAAACCCACAAUUGCUGAUGCUCCAGAUACUCAACUAAGUCUCAAGAAGGCCAGCACAACAGUUUUCAGAUGUGCUAACAUAAUUGCGAAAUGGUUUUCUAAUGAUCAAUUAAAUUAGCCUUUUAAAAAGAUAAACUUGGAUUAGCAAACACAACGUGCCAUUGGAACACAGGACUAAUGGUGGCUGAUAAUGGGCCUCUGUACGCCUAUGUAGAUAUUCUAUAAAAAAUCUGCCGUUUCCAGCUACAAUAGCCAUUUUUACAACAUUAACAAUGUCUACACUGUAUUUCUGAUCCAUAUUAUGUUAUUUUAAUGGACAAAAAAAUUGCUUUUCUUUCGAAAACAAGGACAUUUCUAAGUGACCCCAAACUUUUGAACGGUAGUGUACAUGAACAUACUAAACACAUGCAUAAACAAGUCUGGGUUGUAUGUUUGAGAACAGGUGUGUAUAUUAAUGUGUGUGUGUGUGUAUAUUAAUGUGUGUGUGUGUGUGUGUGUGUGUAUUUAAUGUGUGUGUGUAUACUAAUGUGUGUGUAUUAAUGUGUGUGUGUAUACUAAUGUGUGUGUAUAUUCAUGUGUGGGUGUGUAUUAAAUGUGUGUGUGGGUGUGUAUAUUAAUGUGUGUGGGUGUGUAUAUUAAUGUGUGUGUGUGUAUAUAUGAAUGAGUGCGUGUGUGUGUAUUCAUGUGUUUGUGUCUGUAUUAAUGUGUGUGUGUAUUAAUGUGUGUGUGUAUUAAUGUAUGUGUGUGUGUGUAUUAAUGUGUGUGUGUGUGUAUUAAUGUAUGUGUGUGUGUGUGUGUGUGUGUUUGUGUGUGUGUGUAUUAAUGUGUGUGAAUGUGUAUUAAUGUAUGUGUGUGUGUGUAUUAAUGUGUGUGUGUGUGUGUGUGUAUUAAUGUGUGUGUGUGUGUGUGUGUGUGUCUAUAUUAAUGUGUGUGUGUGUCUAUAUUAAUGUGUGUGUGUGUGUAUUAAUGUGUGUGUGUGUGUAUUAAUGUAUGCGCGUGUCCCAGCUGUUGGAGCGUGUGAAGAUGCAGCUAGCGUCGUUCCUGGAGGACCCACAGUACCAGCACCAGCACUCUCUACACAUGGAGAUUAUCAGGACCUUCGGACGGGUCGGACCCAACGCUGACCCACGCUUCAGAGACGAGUGUCAGUACUGUCACACACACACACACACACACACACACACACACACACACACAGUAAUAUUGUCUGUGUUUUCCAUCUAUCAGUUGUGCUCCCCCACCUCCACAAGCUAGCGUUGGUUAACAACGUCCAGGCGACAGACAGUAAGAGGAUAGACAUCGCUACUCAGCUGUUUGAGGCCUACAGCGCUCUCUCAUGCUGCUGUAUCCUUCACCUUGUGGAGCACCACCGUGUGUGUGUGUCCUGCUACUGUGUACAUAACUUACCUCACCCUUUAAUCGUCGUUGAGGCGAACAGCUACAUGUAACGAGUUGAGUCAAGAGGCCUUUAAAAGGAUAAGCUAAACCAGGGCAAUAGUUCAUAGACUAGCGGUAUGUACAGAGUGUUGGCUUGGCUUGGGUUCAGGGGAGAAGGUUUUAUGUAACUUUUAGAGCCGUGACUCAGAAUAUGUCUUUAAAAUAACAUGACCUGGGUCAAGACUAGGUUAGUGUAGUCAGUGGAUCCUAUGGGGCGGGUGGUUAAAAACGUAAUUAUUUGUGGUUCUGGGCUCAACUUGCCCUGCCUCAUUAGACAGGUAUAUAUACACUGAAUUAGUUUUCUAUUAUAGCUGUAUGUGUGUGUGUGCCUUCAAACUUUUUUUUAGCUGUCAACUAUUUUAUCUGGACUAAAAGGUCUUUGGUCUUUGGCAUCAACUUUGAUCUUUGUAUAUGUGUGACAGAGGUGUGUGUGUGUGUGUGUGUGUGUGACAGAGGUGUGUGUGUGUGUGUGUGUGACAGAGGUGUGUGUGUGUGUGACAGAGGUGUGUGUGUGUGUGUGUGUGUGUGUUUUGUGUGUUUGUGUGUGUGUGUGUGUGUGUGUGUGACAGAGGUGUGUGUGUGUGUGUGUGACAGAGGUGUGUGUGUGUGUGUGUGUGUGUAGAUUGUGCAGUGGUUGCCUGUCCCGUUGGCGAGUGGAGAAAGGAAAAUAAACUCUCCGUUUUGGGGCUGUAGGCGGAUUACAGGGUUGACUGAGCGGAGAGAGGGAGGGAGUUAGAGACGGACCACAGCCCACAGAGAGAAAGAGAGCGAGGGAGUUAGAGACGGACCACAGCCCACAAAUAGGAGAGCGAGGGACAGAGAAAGAGACCACAGAGAGAGGGAGAAGCCAGGAGAGAAAAUGAGACAGGGAGAGCUGCCUCCAAGCCUUUGGUCAGAGGUUCCAACCAUAGGGCUCAGUGCGUGCAUGCGUGCACGUCCUUCCCUGAAUGUGUUCCCAAAAUGGUGUGGUUUCACAAGGGUAUAUUUCACAGCUCAGAGACCUCCCUAACCUUCUCUCUGGUGACCUUCAUACACACACACACACACACAUCUACCCACCCACCCACCAGCUGGCUGAGGUUUGGUACUGUGUGAGUAUAGCAGGCUAUACUGGGGGUCUCAUGUAGCGUUGGUCACAGUGCCUAAACCCCUGACAGAUCACUCACUAUCAGCGCCUGGGGCUGUGACAUCAUCAGUGUGUGCGACGAGCCAGUGGAAGUACUGUGGCCCUCUGGGUAAUGUAGUCAUAUAACAGCCUCACUAAUCUUACCUACUUGUUGUUAAACUGUGUUAGUGUUUGGUUGUCCAGUGUUCACUGUUGUUAAACUGUGUGUACUGUAAGUGUUCAGUUGUCCAGUAGGUUUUGUAAAACUCUGUGUUGGUAUUUGGUUGUCCAAUAUUAGUCUAGUUAAACUCUGUUAGUCUUCAGUUGUACAGUAAAACAUUUAUUUAAACUGUUUGGUUGUCCAAUAUGUGUUGUUAAACCCCUGUGUUAGUAUUUAGUUGUCUGGUAAGUUUUGUUCAACUCUGUGUUAGUGUUUGGUUGUCCUCUCCUUGACAUCCUGUUCCAGUCAUCUCAGAGGAGCUUAUGGUGAAUCACUUCCUGCCUGGCCUGAGGUGUCUGAGGACGGACAUGGAACAGCUAUCUCCUGAACACGAGGUACACACACACACACACACACACACACACACACACACACUGACCACACAGUAGCUCUUCCAAACUACAUCAACUGACCUGUUUCCCAUGCCAGCUAAAGACCAGCUGGUUCCCUGUCCCAGUCCACUCACCACAGCGUGAUGUUGUCUCCAGCAGGGAAACUCACCAGGCAUACUUUCCACAGCACAGCAGUCUGGUAUGUUUUCCACUGUGUCUUGUUGCAGGUGAUCCUUACCUCCAUGAUAAAGGAGGGGGAGAUGAAAGUAGAGAACAGAGGGAUCGGACAGGCCGAGGGGUGAGUACUAACACACACCAUUAAAACAGCGCCCCUAUGUAUGUAUACUAUGUCAGAGCAUUCAAAACACACACACACACACACACACACACACACUUUCCUAGCCUGCUGGUUUUGAUCCCAAACCAUGAGUGGUUUUGAAAAAUUUUUUUGUCAUUUAGCAGACGCUCUUAUCCAAAGCGAUUUACGGUAGUGAGUGCAAACAUUUAAAUAUUUUUUUCAUACUGGUCCCCGUAAGAAUCGAACCCACAACCUUGGCGCUGCAAGCACCAUGCUCUAUCAAAUGAGCUACACGGGACUUGCUGGGUCACAGUCACAUGACCCUCCUCUGGAAGCCUAGCUUCAGAAAACAAGUAGAGAAACUGAAGCUUUAGAUUCAGAUCAUUGGUGAGGGAGGAGAGCAGAAAGCCUUCAAAGAGCAUUGAGACCCAGCCGUAGUGUGGGUGAGAGAAGGAGAGGAGGUUAGGGAGGAGUAGAGUAAAGAGCAUUGAGACCCAGCCGUAGUGUAGGUGAGAGAAGGAGAGGAGGUUAGGGAGGAGUAGAGUAAAGAGCAUUGAGACCCAGCCGUAGUGUGGAUGAGAGAAGGAGAGGAGGUUAGGUAGGAGUAGAGUAAAGAGCAUUGAGACCCAGCCGUAGUGUGGGUGAGAGAAGGAGAGGAGGUUAGGGAGGAGUAGAGUAAAGAGCAUUGAGACCCAGCCGUAGUGUGGGUGAGAGAAGGAGAGGAGGUUAGGGAGGAGUAGAGUAAAGAGCAUUGAGACCCAGCCGUAGUGUGGAUGAGAGAAGGAGAGGAGGUUAGGGAGGAGUAGAGUAAAGAGCAUUGAGACCCAGCCGUAGUGUGGGUGUCUUUGGGUAAAGUUUCUCCAUCUUGUUGACAUGUGUUUCUGCCUCAUUAAAAGCAAAACCUAAGGUGUGUGGGUGUGUGUACCCUCAGAACAUUUCAACAUUUUGAACUCUGAGGCUGUAGCCUAGCAACACACACCCAAUCAUUUUCUGACUCAGUCGUUUCUAUUCCUGUUCAAUUAUAACUUCAUCAUUUCUAUCACCAUGUCUUUAGUCAGUCAUCAUCAUGUGUCAGAGACAACAGUUUUAACUUUAGAAUCUCUGUUAUCAUCACACAGUGUCAGAGACAACAGUUAUAACUUUAGAAUCUCUGUCAUCAUCACACAGUGUCAGAGACAACAGUUAUAACUUUAGAAUCUCUGUUAUCAUCACACAGUGUCAGAGACAACAGUUAUAACUUUAGAAUCUCUGUUAUCAUCACACAGUGUCAGAGACAACAGUUAUAACUUUAGAAUCUCUGUUAUCAUCACACAGUGUCAGAGACAACAGUUAUAACUUUAGAAUCUCUGUUAUCAUCACACAGUGUCAGAGACAACAGUUUUAACUUUAGAAUCUCUGUUAUCAUCACACAGUGUCAGAGACAACAGUUAUAACUUUAGAAUCUCUGUUAUCAUCACACAGUGUCAGAGACAACAGUUAUAACUUUAGAAUCUCUGUUAUCAUCACACAGUGUCAGAGACAACAGUUAUAACUUUAGAAUAUCUGUUAUCAUCACACAGUGUCAGAGACAACAGUUAUAACUUUAGAAUCUCUGUUAUCAUAAUGCACAGUGUCAGAGACAACAGUAAUAACUUUAGAAUCUCUGUUAUCAUAAUGCACAGUGUCAGAGACAACAGUAAUAACUUUAGAAUCUCUGUUAUCAUAAUGCACAGUGUCAGAGACAACAGUAAUAACUUUAGAAUCUCUGUUAUCAUCACACAGUGUCAGAGACAACAGUUAUAACUUUAGAAUCUCUGUUAUUAUAAUGCACAGUGUCAGAGACAACAGUGACGUCCGAUGACAGGAUCCAGCCCUCAUAUGGGCCUGUUUUAGACUCAUCACAUUUGCUACAUUAAGCCACUCAACUCCAGCAUUUUACCGUGUUUCAUAACUUCCAUUCCAGUGUUGACCAGAUGUCAUUGUGAAGUUUUUACUGCCAACCUACAGUUUGUCUAUUUGCUGUUGUUCAACCUCAGUUAGGCAGAGAGGGAAAAAGAGGAAGUCUCCUAACUGUCAGUCAGUAGAGAACAGAAGGGACUGUUACUGUUAACACUUAAGCAACAGCUUUUACCGGUCUAGUUAUAUGGAGACAUAGCCAACGUCAAGGUUAAAGCAAACUCAUGAGCAUUUUGUAAUCUGACAGUUAACGACAGAAUGUCAAUACCUCUCUUAAUUGUACGUUUAGGGAGAGAAAGGUUAUAGGGAAAACAUUCUAGAUGAAUGAUAUGUAUACUGGAUGGUUUUUUACAGGUUAUAUAAUCCAUAUCCCAUUCUACAGGCUAUAUCAUCUACAGUGAGCUCCAAAAGUACACAUUUUUGGUUGUUUUGGCUCUGUACUCCAGCACUUUGGAUUUGAAAUGAUACAAUGACUAUGAGGUUGAAGUGCAGGCUAGCAGCUUUAAUUUGAGGGUAUUUCAUCCAUAUCGGGUGAACCGUUUAGAAAUUACAGCGCUUUUUGUAGAUAGUCUCCCCAUUUUAGGAUACCAAAAGUAUUGGGAAAAAUUCAGUAAUGUGUAUUAAAGUAGUCAAACGUUUAGUAUUUGGUCCCAUAUUCCUAGAGCGCAAUCAUUACAAGCUUGUGACUCUACAAAUGUGUUGGAUGCAUUUGCUGUUUGUUUUGGUUAUGUUUCAAUAGAUUUUGCGCCCAAUAGAAAUUAAUGGUAAAUAAUGUAUUGUGUCAUUUCAGAGUCACUUUUAUUGUAAAUAAGAAUAGAAUAUGUUUCUAAACACUUUUACAUUAAUGUGGAUGCUACCAUGAUUACGGAUUGUCCAGAAUGGUUAGUGAGUAAUGAUGAGUGAGAAAGUUAGACACACAAAUAUCAACCCCCCCCCAAAAAAAAUGAUAACCUCCCCUGUUAUUGUAAUGGUGACAGGUUAACAUAAUAAUAAUAAUAAUAAUAAUAAUAAUAAUAUGCCAUUUAGCAGACGCUUUUAUCCAAAGCGACUUACAGUCAUGCGUGCAUAAAUUUUUUGUGUAUGGGUGGUCCCGGGGAUCGAACCCACUACCUUGGCGUUACAAGCGCCGUGCUCUACCAGCUGAGCUACAGAGGACCACUUGGGGGUAUGAUAUUUGUGCGUCUAACUUUCAAAUCAAAUCAAAUCAAAUGUUAUUUGCCACAUGCGCCGAAUACAACCGGUGUAGACAUUACAGUGAAAUGCUUACAUAUAAGCACUUAACCAACAAUGCAGUUUUUUUCAAUAAAAAGUAAAAUAAAAAAAGUGUUGAGUAAAAAAUUUUAAGCAAAUAACUAAAGAGCAGCAGUCAAAUAAAAUAACAGUAGGGAGGCUAUAUACAGUGGGGGGGAAAAGUAUUUAGUCAGCCACCAAUUGUGCAAGUUCUCCCACUUAAAAAGAUGAGAGAGGCCUGUAAUUUUCAUCAUAGGUACACGUCAACUAUGACAGACAAAUUGAGAAAAAAAAAAUCAGAAAAUCACAUUGUAGGAUUUUUUAUGAAUUUAUUUGCAAAUUAUGGUGGAAAAUAAGUAUUUGGUCACCUACAAACAAGCAAGAUUUCUGUCUCUCACAGACCUGUAACUUCUUCUUUAAGAGGCUCCUCUGUCCUCCACUCGUUACCUGUAUUAAUGGCACCUGUUUGAACUUGUUAUCAGUAUAAAAGACACCUGUCCACAACCUCAAACAGUCACACUCCAAACUCCACUAUGGCCAAGACCAAAGAGCUGUCAAAGGACACCAGAAACAAAAUUGUAGACCUGCACCAGGCUGGGAAGACUGAAUCUGCAAUAGGUAAGCAGCUUGGUUUUAAGAAAUCAACUGUGGGAGCAAUUAUUAGGAAAUGGAAGACAUACAAGACCACUGAUAAUCUCCCUCGAUCUGGGGCUCCACGCAAGAUCUCACCCUGUGGGGUCAAAAUGAUCACAAGAACGGUGAGCAAAAAUCCCAGAACCACACGGGGGGACCUAGUGAAUGACCUGCAGAGAGCUGGGACCAAAGUAACAAAGCCUACCAUUAGUAAAACACUACGCCGCCAGGGACUCAAAUCCUGCAGUGCCAGACGUGUCCCCCUGCUUAAGCCAGUACAUGUCCAGGCCCGUCUGAAGUUUGCUAGAGUGCAUUUGGAUGAUCCAGAAGAGGAUUGGGAGAAUGUCAUAUGGUCAGAUGAAACCAAAAUAUAACUUUUUGGUAAAAACUCAACUCGUCGUGUUUGGAGGACAAAGAAUGCUGAGUUGCAUCCAAAGAACACCAUACCUACUGUGAAGCAUGUGGGUGGAAACAUGCUUUGGGGCUGUUUUUCUGCAAAGGGACCAGGACGACUGAUCCAUGUAAAGGAAAGAAUGAACGGGGCCAUGUAUCGUGAGAUUUUGAGUGAAAAGCUCCUUCCAUCAGCAAGGGCAUUGAAGAUGAAACGUGGCUGGGUCUUUCAGCAUGACAAUGAUCCCAAACACACCGCCCGGCCAACGAAGGAGUGGCUUCGUAAGAAGCAUUUCAAGGUCCUGGAGUGGCCUAGCCAGUCUUCAGAUCUCAACCCCAUAGAAAAUCUUUGGAGGGAGUUGAAAGUCUGUGUUGCCCAGCGACAGCCCCAAAACAUCACUGCUCUAGAGGAGAUAUGCAUGGAGGAAUGGGCCAAAAUACCAGCAACAGUGUGUGAAAACCUUGUGAAGACUUACAGAAAACGUUUGACCUGUGUCAUUGCCAACAAAGGGUAUUUAACAUAGUAUUGAGAAACUUUUGUUAUUGACCAAAUACUUAUUUUCCACCAUAAUUUGCAAAUAAAUUCAUAAAAAAUCCUACAAUGUGAUUUUUCUGGAUUUUUUUUCCUCAUUUUGUCUGUCAUAGUUGACGUGUACGUAUGAUGAAAAUUACAGGCCUCUCUCAUCUUUUUAAGUGGGAGAACUUGCACAAUUGGUGGCUGACUAAAUACUUUUUUUCCCCACUGUACAGGGGGGUACCGGUACAGAGUCAAUGUGCGGGGACACCGGCUAGUCGAGGUAAUUGAGGUAAUAUGUACAUGUGGGUAGAGUUAAAGUGACUAUGCAUAAAUAAUAAACAGAGUAGCAGCAGCGUAAAAGAGGGGGAUGGGGUGGGGUGGGGGGGCAGUGCAAAUAGUAGCCAUGAUUAGCUCUUCAGGAGUCUUAUGGCUUGGGGGUAGAAGCUGUUGAGAAGCCUUUUGGACCUAGACUUGGCGCUCUGGUACAGCUUGCCGUUCGGUAGCAGAGAGAACACUCUAUUACAUUUACAUUUACGUCAUUUAGCUGACGCUCUUAUUCAGAGCGACUUACAUUAUUAUUUUCAUACUGGCCCCCCGUGGGAAACGAACCCACAACCCUGGCGUUGCAAACGCCAUGCUCUAUCAACUGAGCUACCUCCCUGCCUGCCAUUCCCUCCCCUACCCUGGACGACGCUGGGCCAAUUGUGCGCCAGUAAUCCUAGUCUAUGACUAGGGUGGCUGGAGUCUUUGACAUUUUUUAGGGCCUUCCUCUGACACCACCUGGUAUAGAGGUCCUGGAUGGCAGGAAGCUUGGCCCCAGUGAUGUACUGGGCCGUACGCACUACCCUCUGUAGUGCCUUGCGGUCGGAGGCCGAGCAGUUUCCAUACCAGGUGGUGAUGCAAGCAGUCAGGAUGCUCUCGAUGGUGCAGCUGUAGAACUUUUUGAGGAUCUGAGGACCCAUGCCAAAUCUUUUCAGUCUCCUGAGGGGGAAUAGGCUUUGUCGUGCCCUCUUCACGACUGUCUUGGUGUGUUUGGACCAUGAUAGUUUGUUGGUGAUGUGGACACCAAGGAACUUGAAGCUCUCAACCUGUUCCACUACAGCCCGUCGAUGAGAAUGGGGGCAUGCUCAGUCCUCUUUUUUUUCCUGUAGUCAACAAUCAUCUCCUUUGUCUUGAUCACGUUGAGGGAGAGGUUGUUAUCCUGGCACCACACGGCCAGGUCUCUGACCUCCUCCUUAUAGGCUGUCUCCUCAUUGUCGGUGAUCAGGCCUACCACUGUUGUGUCGUCAGCAAACUUAAUGAUGGUGUUGGAGUCGUGCCUGGCCAUGCAGUCAUGGGUGAACAGGGAGUACAGGAGGGGACUAAGCACGCACCCCUGAGGGGCCCCCGUGUUGAGCAUCAGCGUGGCAGAUGUUUUGUUACCUACCCUUACCACCUGGGGGCGGCCCGUCAGGAAGUCCAGGAUCCAGUUGCAGAGGGAGGUGUUUAGUCCCAGGGUCCUUAGCUUAGUGAUGAGCUUUGAGGGCACUAUGGUGUUGAACGCUGAGCUGUAGUCAAUGAAUAGCAUUCUCACCGUAGGUGUUCAUCUUGUCCAGGUGGGAAAGGGCAGUGUGGAGUGCAAUAGAGAUUGCAUCAUCUGUGGAUCUGUUGGGGCGGUAUGCAAAUUGGAGUGGGUCUAGGGUUUCUGGGAUAAUGGUGUUGAUGUGAGCCAUGACCAGCCUUUCAAAGCACUUCAUGGCUACAGACGUGAGUGCUACGGGUCGGUGGUCAUUUAGGCAGGUUAUCUUAAUGUCCUUGGGCACAGGGACUAUGGUGGUCUGCUUGAAACAUGUUUGUAUUACAGACUCAGUCAGAGACAUGUUGAAAAUGUCAGUGAAGACACUUGCCAGUUGAUCAGCGCAUGCUUGGAGUACACGUCCUGGUAAUCCGUCUGGCCCUGCGGCCUUGUGAAUGUUGACCUGCUUAAAAGUCUUACUCACAUCGGCCAUAGAGAGCGUGAUCACAUAGUCAUCCGGAACAGCUGAUGCUCUCAUGCAUGCUUCAGUGUUGCUUGCCUCGAAGCGAGCAUAGAAGUGAUUUAGCUCGUCUGGUAGGCUUGUGUCACUGGGCAGCUUGCGGCUGUGCUCCCCUUUGCUGGAGACACUUAUCUCCCUCACUAACUUUAAGCAUCAGUUGUCAGAGCACCUUACCGAUCACUGCACCUGUACACAGCCCAUCUGAAAUUAGCCCGCCCAACUACCUCAUCCCUAUAUUGUUAUUUAUUUUGCUCAUUUGUACCCCAGUAUCUCUAUUUGCACAUCAUCUCUUGCACAUCUAUCAUUCCAGUGUUAAUACUAAUUGUAAUUAUUUUGCACUAUAGCCUAUUUAUUGCCUUACCUCCAUAACUUGCUACAUUUGCACACACUGUAUAUAUAUUUUCUGUUGUAUUUUUGACUUUAUGUUUUGUUUUACCCCAUAUGUAACUCUGUGUUGUUGUUUUUAUCGCACUGCUUUGCUUUAUCUUGGCCAGGUCGCGGUUGUAAAUGAGAACUUGUUAUCAACUGGCUUACCUGGUUAAAUAAAGGUGAAAAAAAAAAAAAAAAAGAAAAAGUAGUCAUCCACCUCUGGUCUGCUAGUCCCCCUACCUCUACGGAAGCACAGUUCCCGCUCAGCCCAGUCAAAGUUAUUCACUGCUCUGGCACCCCAAUGGUGGAACAAGCUCCCCCACGACGCCAGGACAGCGGAGUCACUGACCACCUUCCGGUAACACUUGAAACCCUACCUCUUUAAGGAAUACCUGGAAUAGUAUAACAGUAAUCCUUCUACCCCCCCCCCCCCUCCCCCACCCCCCCCCAUAAAAAAAGAAAGAAAAAAGGGUGGUUGUCCCACUGGCUAUACUAAGAUGAAUGCACCAAUUUGUAAGUCGCUCUGGAUAAGAGCGUCUGCUAAAUGACUUAAAUGUAAUCGUUUUCAAGCCCUGACGCAUCCGACGAGUAUCAGAGCCGGUGUAGUAUGAUUCAAUCUUAGUCCUUUAUUGACUCUUUGCCUGUUUGAUGGUUCGUCUGAGGGCAUAGCAGGAUUUCUUAUAAGCGUCCGGGUUAGAGUCCCGCUCCUUGAAAGCGGCAGCUCUACCCUUUAGCUCAGUGCGGAUGUUGCCUGUAAUCCAUGGCUUCUGGUUGGGGUAUGUACGUACGGUCACUGUGGGGACAUUACACAGAAAACAUUAGGAACACCUGCUCUUUCCACGACGAAGACUAUCCAGGUGAAAGCUAUGAUCCCUUAUUGAUGUGACUUGUUAAAUCCACUUCAAUCAGUGUAGAUGAAGGGGAGGAGACAGGUUAAAUAAGGAUGUUUAAGCCUUGAGACAAUUAAGACAUGGAUUGUGUAUAUGUGCCAUUCAGAGGGUGAAUGGGCCGGACAAGAGAUUUAAGUGCCUUUGAACAGGGUAUGGUAGUAGGUGCCAGACCGCACCGGUUUGUGUCAACAGUUUUUCACGCUCAACAGUUUCCUGUGUGUAUCAAGACUGGUCCACCACCCAAAGGACAUCCAGCCAACUUGACACAACUGUGGGAAGCAUUGGAGUCAACAUGGGCCAGCAUCCCUGUGGAACGCUUUCGACACCUUGUAGAGUCCAUGCCCCGACGAAUUGUGGCUGUUCUGAGGGCAAAAGGGGGUGCAAACUCAAUAUUAGGAAGGUGUUCUUAAUGUUUGGUAUACUCUGUGUAUAAUCUAUAUCCCAUUGUACAGUAUAUACAGUUGAAGUAAUGGGUCCCGUGUAGCUCAGUUGGUAGAGCAUGGUGCUUAUAACGCCAGGGUUGUGGGUUCGAUUCCCACGGGGGGUCAGUAUGAAAAAAACAAAAAACCUGUAUGCACUCACUAACUGUACGUCGCUCUGGAUAAGAGCGUCUGCUAAAUGACUAAACAUUUAAAAAUGUAAGUCGGAAGUUUACAUACACUUAGGUUGGAGUCAUUAAAACUCGUUUUUCAACCACUCUACAAGUUUCUUGUUAACAAACUAUAGUUUUGGCAAGUCAGUUAGGAUAUCUACUUUGUGCAUGACACAAGUAAUUUUUCCAACAAUUGUUUACAGACAGAUUAUUUCACUUAUAAUUCACUGUAUCACAAUUCCAGUGGGUCAGAAGUUUACAUACACUAAGUUCACUGUGCCUUUAAACAGCUUGGAAAAUUCCAGAAAAUGAUGUCAUAGCUUUAGAAGCCUCUGAUAGGCUAAUUGACAUCAUUUGAGUCAAUUGGAGGUGUACCUGUGGAUGUAUUUCAAGGCCUACCUUCAAACUCGGUGCCUCUUUGCUUGACAUCAUGGGAAAAUCAAAAGAAAUCAGCCAAGACCUCAGCAAUUUCCAAACGCCUGAAGGUACCACGUUCAUCUGUACAAACAAUAGUAUAAACACCAUGGGACUGUGCAGCCGUCAUACCGCUCAGGAAGGAGACGCGUUCUGUCUCCUAGAGAUUAAUGUACUAUCUAUCCCAGAACAACAGCAAAGGACCUUGUGAAGAUGUUGGAGGAAACCGGUACAAAAGUAUCUAUAACCACAGUAAAACGAGUCCUAUAUCGACAUAACCUGAAAGGCCGCUCAGCAAGGAAGAAGCCACUGCUCCAAAACCGCCAUAAAAAAGCCAGACUACGGUUUGCAACUGCACAUGGGGACAAAGAACGUACUUUUUGGAGAAAUGUACUCUGGUCUGAUGAAACAAAAAUAGAACUGUUUGGCCAUAAUGACCAUCGUUAUGUUUGGAGGAAAAAGGGGGUUGCUUGCAAGCCGAAGAACACCAUCCCAACCGUGAAGCACGGGGGUUGGCAGCAUCAGCUGUGGGGGUGCUUUGCUGCAGGAGGGACUGGUGCACUUCACAAAAUAGAUGGCAUCAUGGGGAAGGAAAAUUAUGUGAAUAUAUUGAAGCAACAUCUCAAAACAUCAGUCAGGAAGUUAAAGCUUGGUCGCAAAUGGUUCUUCCAAAUGGACAAUGACCCCAAGCAUACUUCCAAAGUUGUGGCAAAAUGGCUUAAGGACAACAAAGUCAAGGUAUUGGAGUGGCCAUCACAAAGACCUGACCUCAAGCCUAUAGAAAAUGUGUGGUCAGAACUGAAAAAGCGUGUGCGAGUAAGGAGGCCUACAAACCUGACUCAGUUACACCAGCUCUGUCAGGAGGAAUGGGCCAAAAUUCACCCAACUUAUUGUGGGAAGCUUGUGGAAGGCUACCCAAAACGUUUGACCCAAGUUAAACAAUUUAAAGGCGAUGCUACCAAAUACUAAUUGAGUGUAUGUAAACUUCUGACCCACUGGGAAUGUGAUGAAAGAAAUAAAAGCUGAAAUAAAUCAUUCUCACUACUAUUAUUCUGACAUUUCACAUUCUUAAAAUAAAAUGGUGAUCCUAACUGACCUAAGACAGGGAAUUUUUACUAUGAUUAAAUGUCAGGAAUUGUGAAAAACUGAGUUUAAAUAUAUUUGGCUAAGGUGUAUGUAAACUUCAGACUUCAACUGUAAUAUAAUCUAUAUCCCAUUGUCCAGGCUAUAAUAUCAUAUAUAUCCCAUUGUACAGGCUAUAAUAUCAUCUAUAUCCCAUUGUACAGGCUAUAAUAUCAUCUACAGUGAGGGAAAAAAGUAUUUGAUCCCCUGCUGAUUUUGUACGUUUGCCCACUGACAAAGACGUGAUCAGUCUAUAUUUUUAAUGGUAGGUUUAUUUGAACAGUGAGAGACAGAAUAACAACAAAAAAAUCCAGAAAAAUGCAUGUCAAAAAUGUUAUAAAUUGAUUUGCAUUUUAAUGAGGGAAAUAAGUAUUUGACCCCCUCUCAAUCAGAAAGAUUUCUGGCUCCCAUGUGUCUUUUAUACAGGUAACGAGCUGAGAUUAGGAGCACACUCUUAAAGGGAGUGCUCCUAAUCUCAGUUUGUUACCUGUAUAAAAGACACCUGUCCACAGAAGCAAUCAAUCAAUCAGAUUCCAAACUCUCCACCAUGGCCAAGACCAAAGAGCUCUCCAAGGAUGUCAGGGACAAGAUUGUAGACCUACUCAAGGCUGGAAUGGGCUACAAGACCAUCGCCAAGCAGCUUGGUGAGAAGGUGACAACAGUUGGUGCGAUUAUUCGCAAAUGGAAGAAACACAAAAUAACUUUCAAUCUCCCUCGGCCUGGGGCUCCAUGCAAGAUCUCACCUCGUGGAGUUGCAAUGAUCAUGAGAACGGUGAGGAAUCAGCCCAGAACUACACGGGAGGAUCUUGUCAAUGAUCUCAAGGCAGCUGGGACCAUAGUCACCAAGAAAACAAUUGGUAACACACUACACACUACACCGUGAAGGACUGAAAUCCUGCAGCGCCCGCAAGGUCCCUCUGCUCAAGAAAGCACAUGUACAUGCCUGUCUGAAGUUUGCCAAUUAACAUCUGAAUGAUUCAGAGGAGAACUGGGUGAAAGUGUUGUGGUCAGAUGAGACCAAAAUGGAGCUCUUUGGCAUCAACUCAACUCGCCGUGUUUGGAGGAGGAGGAAUGCUGCCUAUGACCCCAAGAACACCAUCCCCACCGUCAAACAUGGAGGUGGAAACAUUAUGCUUUGGGGGUGUUUUUCUGCUAAGGGACGAUGGACGGGGCCAUGUACCGUCAAAUCUUGGGUGAGAACCUCCUUCCCUCAGCCAGGACAUUGAAAAUGGGUCGUGGAUGGGUAUUCCAGCAUGACAAUGACCCAAAACACACGGCCAAGGCAACAAAGGAGUGGCUCAAGAAGAAGAACAUUAAGGUCCUGGAGUGGCCUAGCCAGUCUCCAGACCUUAAUCGUAUAGAAAAUCUGUGGAGGGAGCUGAAGGUUCGAGUUGCCAAACGUCAGCCUCGAAACCUUAAUGACUUGGAGAAGAACUGCAAAGAGGAGUGGGACAAAAUCCCUCCUGAGAUGUGUGCAAACCUGGUGGCCAACUACAAGAAACGUCUGACCUCUGAUUGCCAACAAGGGUUUUGCCACCAAGGACUAAGUCAUGUUUUGCAGAGGGGUCAAAUACUUAUUUCCCUCAUUAAUAUGCAAAUACAUUUAUAACAUUUUUGACAUGCGUUUUUCUGGAUUUUUUUGUUGUUAUUCUGUCUCUCACUGUUUAAAUAACCCUACCAUUAAAAUUAUAGACUGAUCAUUUCUUUAUCAGUGGACAAAAGUACAAAAUCAGCAGGGGAUCAAAUACUUUUUUCCCUCACUGUAUAUCCCAUUGUACAGGCUAUCAUCAAUUAAACCAUAUACUGGAUCUGUAUAUCUGUGGACCAAUGAUGAUACUAUGUUUAACCUCUAAUACAUAUUUACAUGUGUUCAAACUGUGUGUGUUUCUGUUCCUGUAGAUCUGUGUCCAUCGCUGCCAGUCUGGUUGGGGAAGACGCCAAGACCAAGUUCCUGAGUAAGAUGGGUCAGCUGACCACGUCGGGCGCCAUGCUGGCCAACGUCUUCCAGAGAAAGAAGUGA